AUGGAAAACAGUUUAAAUGAAGAAGAAUUACAUGAGAAUGAAAAUAUUGAUGAAAGUCAAAAAAUUGCGAAUCAAACUUAUGUAAAAACCUCAUGCGCAAGUGCCAUUUCUUUAUCUAUUUAUAUAGCUUUAAGUGACACAAGUAAUAGGCGCCCUCUAUCUGAUGAAAGAUAUGAAUUAAACGAUUCUACAAGAAUGAAAAAUUGUGGAAGAAAUAAAGAGGAUGCAAUGCAUAAUAAACGCACAUGUAAUGAGAUUUAUCAAACUUAUAAUGUUCAUAGCAUAGCAAAAUUUAUACUUCAUAAUUCCCCAAGUGGUGCACUGGAUGAAAGGGCUGAAGCAUUCUGGUUACAUGUUAUCCACGAAAAUAAGAAGAAUCAGAUAGGUGUAGGAUAUUAUUGUCAAGAAUUCUGGUUAAGUAUGGAUCGGCUAAGGAGGAAUAAGAAAGAUGAAAUUUCCUUCCAAGCAUUGUCGAAUGUCGCGCACAGGAAU